UCUGUAUUAUACCUUUCUGUCCAAAAGGAAACCUCUCAAACUCAAAAUGGAGAAGGAAAUGAUCCCACGGGUAGUCCUGAACUCUGGCCAUAGAAUGCCAUUGUUAGGCUUCGGAACAGGCUGUGACCCUAUCCCUGCAAAUCUCACUUCCAUCAUAGUCAAGGCUAUCGAGCUCGGUUACCGGCACUUCGAUACUGCUUCUAGUUACAACACCGAAGAGUUUGUCGGCCAAGCUAUAGCCCAAGCACAAGAACGAGGAUUGAUCCAUAACCGUAGUGAUGUUUUCGUUACUUCCAAGGUACGAGGUGCAGAUUCAGACCAUGAUCUUAUCCUCCCAGCACUGAAGGAAACACUAAGAAAACUUGGGCUAGAUUAUGUGGAUCUCUAUCUCAUUCACUUCCCUUUGAGGCUUAAAGAAGGAGUAUCUGAGAUGCCUUUCCCUAAGGAGGCUAUCUGUCCUACUUUUGAUAUAAGAGGGACAUGGCAAGCCAUGGAAGAGUGCUAUAGGCUUGGCCUGGCUAAGUCCAUUGGUGUCAGCAACUAUACUUGCAAGAAGCUCUCACAACUUCUAACCUAUUCCACCAUCACUCCAGCCGUGAAUCAGGUGGAACUGAAUCCUGCAUGGGGGCAAGGGAAGCUGAGGAAGUUCUGUUUUGAAAAGGGUAUUCAUGUGAGUGGUUGGUCCCCUUUGGGAGCAAAUGGAGCUUAUUGGGGUUCCUUUGCAGUCAUGAAGAGUCCAAUCAUUGAAGAAAUCGCUGUGAAGAAAGGGAAGAGCAUAGCCCAGGUCUCACUGAGGUGGAUAUAUCAGCAAGGAGUAACUCCAAUUAUGAAGAGCUUCAAUGAGGAGAGAAUGAAAGAAAAUCUCCAAAUCUUUGAUUGGGAACUUACCCAGGAAGAAGUAGAUAAGAUAAACCAGAUUCCACAGAAAAGGGGAUUUCCGGGCGAGAUGUUUACUUCUCCAAACGGGCCUUACAGGACAUUGGAGGAACUUUGGGAUGGGGAGAUCUAACCUUGUAAGAUUUCUACUGCCUUUUCAGUUUACAGAGGCGCACAACAAGAAGGGAACUUGAGAUGGGGCCAUUCUGAGAAACAUGAACCAUCCACUAAUAAGAAGUUUUCAAUCAGUAAUAAGAAGUUUUCUGUGAAAGAUUCAUCGCAUGAAAAGUGUUCGAACUUUUUUCGCUCCCGCGAUUGGGUUCCUUAAUUCCUUAAUAGCAUCAUUUCCCAACUAUGAAAGUUUUUCUUUCUACAUUAAAUAAAUUGUGCUAUAGGUUUGUUCUGAUUGAUUUAGGGAUCUCUGCUCUUUUCUUUUGGUCUGCCAAAAGAAGGUGGUAGCGGGUGCCAUUUUUUUUUUUUUUUAAUGUAUUUUAUGGUUUUUCCUUAAUACAUACAAUUAAGGAUGUUAAUCGGUUC